ACGUUGACGCUCGUAAACUGCCAAGAGAAGCAGCUAGUUGAGACAGAGAUCGAUGAGCAGACCGGGUGGUGUGCCUGCGUGUGUGUGUGUGUGCAAAGGAUGGACUCGCUGAUGCUGUUCCAGCCACUAACCGUGUACUGACGGAUCUACCGAACCCAAACCAGAGGCGAUAUUUUAUGUGUUGUUCACCGAGGCUCUUAUUAUUAUCUCACUUUACUGGCGUGAUGCAGUCUCAAGGAAGCACUUCCACCCAGCCCUCCUUCGAUUCCCUGAGUUCCAGCGACAGCCUCGUGCUCAGCGACUCGGAACAGACGGAGGACGACACCGACGUCUUUUUGACGGACAGCUCUUCCUCCGUCACCAUCGGCGAAGUGGCAUCCAAAAAGGAGCUGGGAUCGAGGAGCCCCAGGUCGCAAUGGGCGUACGGCGGCUUCUCGGGCAAGGAAGAGGCGUACAGGUCGCAGAAUGACGGCAAGGGGACAAACUUCGGCAUGCUCGACGCAGAUGUGGCGAGCCAGAGACCCAAAUCAGAGGGAGAUCUGCUGUUUGCUCAGAAGUGUGCUGAGCUGCAGGGUUUUGUCAGGCCGCUUCUCGAGUUGCUGAAUGGGCUGAAGAGCGGCCGAUUCGAUCACGGUUUAAGCAGUUUCCAGCAGAGCGUCGCCAUGGAUCGCAUCCAGAGGAUUGUCGGGGUUUUGCAGAGACCAGACUGUGGGGAGAAGUACCUGAACACUUUGCUCCAGGUGGAGGUGAUGCUAAAGCUCUGGUUUCCCCACAUCUCCGCUCAGCCUGUGUCUUCGUCCUCCAGCUUCUCCACUUCCCCUACUCACUCCCUCCAGGACACCUCCAGCUCCACUCCGCUGCACAAACAUCGGGAUCAGCUGCAUAUCCCCGUCAAGAAGCGCAGACUCAGCUGGACAGACACCGACUCCCCCACGCCCUCCCCUGUACCUAUCAAGUGCCGUCGUACCGAUGGCGAGGAGAGGAGGAAGAAGCACACUCAAGACGAAAGGGAUCAGUCUGCUCUGUCUCCACUGCUGGCUUCUGACGCAAACCCGAGUUUGCCAGAUGUGGUCUGCAGCAGCCAGCUAAACAGCGGCGCAAAGGGAAAUGACAGCGAGGGCGAGGAGCUGGACGAGCGCUCCAAGUACAAGGCGGCCCAGAGCUCCGAGCCGAGGCUGACGUGGGUGCACGUCGCUCCCAUCCCGUCCCCCCGAAAAACGUGCAUCUCGCACGAGGCCAUAAAGACGGAAGGUGUCGGCGAAAUGGUUCUCGGAGCAGGGAGCAGGGGCAGUCCAGCUAUGCAAGACUGCUCCAUCUCAUCCACCACCCCCUCCAAGAACCCGAAAAAUCAGAAGAAACCGACACAGUGCCAAAGCCAGCCCGUUGCUGCCGGACAACAAGGUGAGACGGAGAGCACUGGGACAUGUCAAGGUCAAAACCAGCCCUCUCUUGUCCCGCUGAAGCCUCUGGCUCGGGUAUGCCCCUCCACCGUGGAGACCUGACACGCAGAGAGAGCAAAGAGCCAGCAGCCUCGCUCUCCUUGAACCACCUGAGGCAUAAAGCUGCUGCUGCAACACAAAGAAAGGGAUGAAAGCGUCGUUUAUGAAUGCGUCUCAACAGGAGAAUAGCAGUCAGUGGAGACGGAUAUAAGCGAUAAAUUGCUGUGGCUAAAUUUGAAGGGACGGGGAAAUUUUUGAAGUGAAGUUCUGAUCAAGCAUCAUAAGCACUACAUGUCUUAUCUGGGUUUCGUUUAGUUUAAAUCUAAAUAGUUGGUCUAAAAGCAGACUCGUGCUGAUGUCACAGUGGUUUAUUGCAGCACUACCUAAUCAAUAUUUAAACUGUUUUUGUGGUUAUUUACCCAGAAAAUUGUGAUAAUUUACAUAACAAUUGGAACUUGGAGGCAGCGUGUCACACAUGGUCUUCCUUUGUGAAACGCAUACUGACAACACAACGUGUGACGCACGUGUCAAACUCGAGGCCCAGGGGCCAAAUGUGGCCCACCGUAGCUUUUUAUGUGGCCCCCUAGACUCCAAUUUACAUCAAUAUGUCUCUCCAGUUUUUCAACAAAUCUGCAAAACUCACUUAAAAUUUACACAAAAUGCACAGAUUUCCACAUUUUACUCU